AUGGCCACCUCGACGCGCUCUUCCAAGCGCCAGAAGACCGGUACCGAUACAGCAGCUGAGACAGGCGAUUCAAUGGCCUACAAAUUGAUCUACUGGCCCGGUAUCCCAGGCCGAGGUGAGCACAUCCGCCUCGCCUUUGAGGCUACGGGCACUCCCUACGUCGACGUGACCAAUGCAACCGAUGCCGGAGUCAAAGCAGUCAUGGGCCAGAUCAGCGACAAAAAUAUUGGCGAUGACCAUAACCCACCGCCGUUGGCUCCACCGAUCCUGCAACAUGGAGACGACAUCCUCCUGUCCCAGACGCCCAAUAUCCUAGCCUAUUUGGGUCCCAAACUCGGACUGGUACCGGACGUCGCCGAGGAUAGCGUUGGAAUGUAUCAUGUCAAUGCGCUCACAUUGACGGCACUUGAUGGCCUCUCCAAUGAGCCGCACGAUGUCCACCACCCCAUCGCCAGCGGAGCCUACUAUGAAGAACAGAAAGAAGAGGCUCUCAAGAAGGCGGCCGACUACCGCGCCGUUCGUCUGCCCAAGUUUCUGGGGUACUUCGAACGAGUCCUCUCGGGCCCGGCCUCGGGCGGUGGCGAGUGGUUGUACGGUGGGAAAAUGACCUAUGCCGACUUGGUCCUCUUCCAGACAUUGGACGGAGUGACCUAUGCCUUCCCCAAGUGUAUAGAGAAAUUGAAGAGCGGUGGCAAGUAUGACAAGGUGUUUGCGCUUUAUGAGCGGGUCAAGGCAUUCGACAAGGUCAAGAGUUACCUGGAGAGUGACAGGAGACAGAAGUACAGCAUGGGGAUUUAUAGGCAUUAUCCCGAGUUGGACGAAGACUAG